AUGCAGAACGACGAGUUGAUAUGGAACGUGAUCAACAAGCACUUCUGUUCUUUCAAGAGAAAGACAGACAAAGAAGAUAUGUGCAGCAAUCAGUACAACGUAACAGGCAAAUGCAACCGCGUCAGCUGCCCCCUAGCCAACAGCAACUAUGGCACAGUUCUAGAGAAUCAAGGGAAGCUGUAUCUUUGUUUAAAGACAGUAGAGAGAGCUCAUCUCCCCAAUCGCCUGUGGGAGAGGAUUAAACUCUCAAGAAAUAUAUCUGAGGCGAAGAAAACCAUUGAAAAACACAUGAAAAACGUAUACCCUCAACAUCAGAUUGAACGCUGCAAAAGGAGAACAAUCAAACUCAAACACAUGAUCGACAGAAUGCGCAAACUCGAACUCAAACCCAAAGAGAAACUAGAAGGGGUUAAAAAGAAAACAGAAAGAAGGGAAGCAGCAAGGGAAAAGAAAGCCCUCGUCGCAGCCCACAUCGAAGAUGUCAUUGAGGACGAACUCCUCAAGAGAUUGCACCAAGGGGUGUACGGGGAUUUGUACAAUGAACACAGACUCACGAAAGAAACAACUCAAGAAGAAAAAGAAACGCCAGAAGUAACAACAGCAAAAGCUGCAGAGACAGGCGCCAUUCGAUUUGAAGCUGCUGCGGAGACAGACGAAGAAGAAUUUGCUUCUUCAGACUUUGAGUUGGAUGAUGAUCUUGAGGGCUCGUCAACAGAAGGGAGUGAAGAUGAGUUUUCUUUUUCAGGCUCAGGUUCUGAAUUAGAGGAAAGUGAAUCAGAAGUAGAAGAUGAAGACACAGCAGAAAAGCCAGCAGCAACAAAAGGAAAAAAGAAAGAACUUCUUGUCGAUGUAGAAGAACUCCAAGCACCAAGUAGUAUUCAGAAGAAACGAAAAGCCGCAGCAGAAAGAGAAAGCAAAGAAAAAAGAGAUGUUCCUGUCUCUACUUUGCGCAGACAAGCAGCAAAAAGGAAGAACACGCGAAUGCGUAUUGAGUAUGAGCCGGAGGCUAUUGCUGAAGAGGCCUGA